CAGUAUUCCCUCUGGCAAUCUUACUCGAAUUCAAGAGAUCAAUCCCCUCCAUCAUCAUUAUCUGAUCCUCCUCUAUCGUCGCAAUGAUCAGCUGACCACGUUCCGAAGAAUUUGGAUUGCAGGCCUUCAGCCGUCAGAUCCAGAGAUAUAUUCGCGACUUCAGCGAGUGAUCUGAACAAUGCCACCAGAAGUGCCGACACGUACGGCAAACCCAUUGAAAAGACCCAGACAAGACCCAGUCUCCUGCCAGUUUUGCAGGUCUAAAAAGUUAAAAUGCGAUCGUCAGCAGCCUUGUUCCAACUGCGCGACCAGAGGGUUGCCUUGCAAUGGCCAGGUUCAAUCGCGUCGUGAGAAUGUGUCGAUCUCAGCUGAAUCUGAUAACAAUCUGUCUGUUCUGGCCAGGCUAAAAAGGCUCGAAGACAUUGUCAUGGGGACCCCUAAACAAGAUCCACCACUUCCGAGAGACGCUCCGAGCGGGCCUCCUUCGAGGCCAAGUUCGACUCUCGCCUGUCUCUCUCCGGCUUCCGAGUAUGAGGAAGCACUUCACAACUUAGAAGAGGCAGGCACCAGGGAGGUGCAUUGGCCCACGGCUGGAGCCAGCGAUAUCGAAUUCCAGAUUCUGACGACCAAACAAAUGGCGAAUACUCCUGGUAUUACCCAAGGAGUCACUACAAAGCGACCCAACUAUCAAACUCCCCUGAAGUCGGUCAUGCUCCCCCCGAAGGAUGAAGCUAGCAUGCUCCUGGACUAUUAUGUCAAACAUGUAGACGAACUUCAACAUGUUCUCUUCGUGCCUCAUUUACGCACUGUUAUGGAGAAGCUCUAUGCAAAUCUGCAUCAACGGCUGUCCAUCGCCUACGGACAACUUGCCCUUCUCCUGACUGUUUUCGCGAGCUCAGCAGCCAUGUUCUCCCACUUCUCUUGUGACAGAAUCGCUCAGUUUCCACCAUCUAGCGCAGCCCAUGCCUCAUUAGUAUGGGCGAACUCGGCUCUAGAGGUCAUGGAAUUCUCUCGACGUACGGCGGCUGGCGGGCUGGAAGAAAUUCAAGCGGCUAUUCUUAUGGCCUUUCUGCUUUAUCAUGUCGAGGGAUUUUCUGCGAGAUCACGUCGUUUGUUUGCAGGUGCCAUCUCGACUGCGCGCGACAUGGGCCUGCAUAAACUCGACGCUACCCCUAGCCAGUCGUCAAACUCGCCCAAAGCGGCUGAUCCUGUUGACAUUGAGAUUCAGCGCCGUGUCUGGUGGCAUGUUGUCGCUACUGAUUGGCUUUUAGGUCUCAGUGGAGGGCCUCAAGAAGGCACGUAUUUUAUCCAGCCCAGGCACUUUAGGGUCAAUAUGCCGCUCAAUAUCAAUGACAGCGAUCUUAUGUAUCGCCGUCCUCUAGUUGAACGACCCUCAUCGGAGCCAACGACCAUGUCAUACUACAUACAGCGUAUAAAACUUGCUGACAUAUGCCGUUGCGUUGUCGAUGUCAUGCCCAUGUUCAAUGUGUCUUUGACGAGCCUGGAUUACCAGCAAAUCAUUGAACUAGAUGGCAAGUUUGAAGCAUUCUUGGACGACCUACCCAUUUUCUUCAAAAUCGACGACAAAAGCCGACGUGAAACAGAGGGAAUCAUGCGCGACAAUCCAAACAUCAAUAUCCAGCGCUACGCCCUUGGGAUGAUAGCCCGGACUCGACGUUGCAAAUUACAUCAACCUUUCCUCAUACGCCGUUCAGUCGAGAGUCACUACACAUAUUCGCGCGAGAUAUCACUCUCCUCGGCGAGGUGUGUCAUUCAUCUCAAAAGACUGGUCGAGAAGGAGUUCGACUCCGUCUUGCUUGCUAACGUCAAGAUGACUGGAGUAGUCUACCAUGUCUUCAUGGCGACUAUUGUAUUGGUCAUGGACCUGUGUUUCAACAAAAAUGAAGGUGACGAUGACAAACGAAAAGCUGAGGUCAGAGAAGCCUGCGCAAUUCUGGAGGAGGCUGCAGGCCAGUCGAGUCUGGCAAGGGAGUUUCUUAACUCUCUCAUGGACAUCUUGCGCAAGCACAAGGUUCAUCUGCACCACUUACCCCCAGAAGCAGCCUCAAAAACCGAGAUCAAACAACCCGAUGCGCAGAACGCACCCGGGUUAGCAGCUCCCGAUGUUGAGCUACUACAGAAUUUCUUUCCAGCACAGGACACAGGACGUAAUUAUUUGUCUGAUUUUGAUGCUAUUUGGACGGACUACGUCGAACUGGGGCCAAACAUGGAUAUGCCAGAAUGGGAUAAUCUGUUUGCUGACCUCGAUUCGAGAUUUACGGUCUCUGAAACCGUAACACAGGGUCGAGACCCGUCGCAUAAGGUGCCCCGUAUGGGAUGAUGAUCUACAAAGGGAAAUUUUUGUGAAUAGAGUACAUAUUACGAUCUCACCACCAUCAGAAC